GAAAGGGGAAAGAGGAAAGAGGAAAGAGGAAGGAGGAAAGCGGAAAGCGGAAAGCGGAAAGAGGAAAGAGGAAGCAGAAAAGUGUCACAAAACAUGGUUUCGUCUUCUGAGCCCAGCGUAAAUCAAACGCUAAACUUGAGAUCUAUAAACUGUUUCAGGAUCGCUUGACUUUUCUAAUCGACAUAUGAUAGUUUAAAUUAGAUGGAUUUUUUCGAUUUGUCAAAUUUAUUGAGAAUAUAGGACUGCCGGUCAUUUAGUAUUUUAAAAACCUUGACCGGCAGUCGACCUGAAAAAAGUUUUAAGUGUCAAAAAACAUGGUUUCGUUUUCGGAGCCCAUGCAGCGUAAACCAAACGCUAGACUUGAGGUCUAUAAAGCAUUUCAGGAUCGCUUGACUUUUCUUAAUCGACAUACGGUGGUUUGGAUUGGUUGGGAUUCUUAG